AUGCAUGGCUCGAUGAUUAUCCUGCUGGCGAUUGCCUCGGCCGCUCUCCGCGCUGUUGCCCAGAGCAGUGUGCCGGCAGCUACGAGCUAUCCGACGGACUCGUGCAUCUUCGGUUGCGUGACCGAGGCGGCUUCAACCGCGGGCUGCCUGAUAUAUACGAAUCUGCCUUGUGUCUGUGCGUCUGAAACGUACCAGAACGCAGCCACCUCAUGCCUGCAGAGUAAAUGCACUCCAGCACAGGCCGCGUUGGCGCAGACGAUACAACAGGACCAGUGUGCUUACGUGUCAGCUAUAUCGAGUCUUUCCUCGGAAGCCUCGACUUUCACGGCCGCAGCCUCGUCCGUGUACAUCUCUGACUCGUCGGCGGCGUCAUCCAUCUCCUCCGCUUACUCGUCCUACGGGUCGUACCUCUCAUCGAAAUACUCGGCGUAUGGCGCCUCGCUGUCGUCCGAUUACUCGUCACUCGGGUCGUCUCUAUCAGUCCUGUUUGACGGCGCAUCCCCAACGACGGGAAGCGGUGCUGCCUCAACUACGUCGACAAGCUCAAGCACGACUGCCAAUGCGGGGAGCAGCCUUUGGGUGGACGCUACUCUGCGAAGUGCCGUGGUAGCGUGCAUCAUCACGAUGCUUGGUAUCGUUCUCGGGAUGUCCAUGGUAUUGUAA